AUGAAGAGCUGGCAGUUUGAUGAGGAAAUAGCUCUUCUCCGUGCAGCAUGUUACAAUCGUCCUGUAGGAAAGGACAAAGCCAAGCAUUUGGAGGCUUUGGUAAAGGUUUUAUCUGAUGCUGGGUAUGCAGUAACCGAAAAGGAUGCCUGGGAUAAGUUAGCGGAGUACUACGAUUUCAAGCAAUUGGAAAACUUGGAUCUAUCCGACCAGUCUCCAAAUGAAGAGGACAUUGCUUCAAGAGAUGUGUCCAAUGACGAGGCACAAAACGAAGACGAGACUGAUGCCACCGGUGUUGGCGAACCCGAGCACAUGUUAGAACGAGAAGGAACACCAAGAACUCGAACAAGAUCAACUAAGAUUGAAAAAACUCUCACACCAACAACCAAGGGCCGUAAGCGAAUAGAUAAUUCAGACGAAUCUGACAGAUCGGAUAGGGAGCGGAGUAGAACGCCCGUCAAUAAAGGAAUUGGAUAUAGAACAAGACGGAGAACUCCCAAAGACCGUCUAAAAGAUCAAGAUGAUGUUGACGGCAGCAGUAGAAACUCUAAUGACGAAGACACGAGGAACAACGAUAGUGAGCUAGAUGAUACAGAUACACCCAAAAGAGUCACUAGAGCGUCUUCUAGAAUAUCUAGAAGAACUCCACGCAAGGACAAAGACACCAUUAAAGACCCCAAAGAUACAACGAGCAAGAGGCGAACUCGGGCAAGGUAA